AUGAAUCACGAAACCAAGAUCCGUGAGCUACAAAAGAAGCUCGAUGAUAACAAGACCCUCCGUGAUCGAGCCAUCCAUCUUCGUUCCCUGCUUACGGAUGCCAACACCAUAUCUCAGUGCGAGACGCAGAUCAAGGAAUCGCAAAAAUACAUUGACUACUUUUCCGAGGAAUUGCACAAGCUUCAGACUCGCUCGCUAAGAACGUCCACACAUGGCUCAUCGGAUGACUCGACAACGGGUGGUGCCAAUGAUGCAUCGGAUUCGCCUUCGGGUGAAAAUAAAACCAACAGCCCACUUCAAUCUCCUGCUGCAUCCUCUCUCUCCACGCCUCCUCGAUCCAGCAGCAUUCCUACUACAACACCUACCACCGGUGCCACGGGUGCAAAAAAGUUCACAAAUUUAGACUUGUUGACAAGUGCUGUUCCUUACAACAAGCCCAAGGUGUCCCUCAAGUUGCAUGAACUUGAAUACAAAUUGGAUGUUGAAAAGAAGGUGCUUACUGGUAUCAAGACAAUGGCCGAUGUCAUUGAAAAGUCAGCUUCGCCUGGUGAUCGAAGGCAACGUGAUGAGGUCCAAGGUCAAUUGUACGAGAGCGUUGAGAAACGUAACCUUUUGGAUCGAGCUUUGAGAAAGUACAAGGGACUUUACAUUGGUGAAGGAGAUGAGGAUGACUAUGAACUUGAAACACCUCUCUCUGCUCGUGUCCCACCUGGAUUGCGUCGUCCCGUUACUGGCAAAUUGCAACUUCAGAUUAUUGAAGCUCGUGAGUUGGCUCAUGCUCCUACAAGAAUGAUCCGUAUGCCUGAGACAGUGGUCUAUGUCAAGAUUGAUGGCAAUGUGGUGUAUCGCUCUCGUCCUACUCGCAAUGAUAAAUGGCUCGAGGAAUGCGAGAUUCAUGUCAACAAGGCGUCCGAGGUGGAAAUUGCCAUUUAUGAUCAGGCUGUGGAACGUAAUUUGCCAAUUGGUAUCCUAUGGCUCAAGAUCACCGACAUUGCCGAGGGUCUUAGAAAGCGCAAAAUCCAACAGGAAGGUGGCCAAGGAUGGGUAUCUGCUGAGGUGGCUCAGCAACGCAGUCAAGAUACCCUCGGAUCUGCUGACCCCCAUUCACCCGUUCCUCAACAACCUGUGGCCGUCCAAUCAACUCAAGAAGGUAUUCAAGCAUGGUUUGAUGUCGAACCCCUUGGUGAACUUGCACUUCGUCUCAACUUUGUUCGUGAGGCUGCCAACCGUCGUCCUUUAGACAAGCUAGGUCGUGUUGGUGCUGUGCGUCAACGUCCUGGAGAAGUACAUGAGAUGAAUGGCCAUCAAUUUGUGGAAAAGAAGUUCUACAAUGUCAUGAAGUGUUCUCUUUGUGGCGAAUUCUUGGUCAACAGUGGUUAUCAAUGUGAAGAUUGUGAGUACACAUGUCACAAGAAGUGCUAUCAAAAGGUGGUUACCAAAUGUAUCUCGAGAUCACAAUCCGAAACGGAUGCCGACGAGGACAAACUCAAUCACAGGAUCCCUCAUCGAUUCGAACCUAUCACCAACAUUGGUGCCAACUGGUGUUGUCAUUGUGGUUACAUGCUUCCUCUUGGUUCACGUGGUGCAAAGAAAUGUUCAGAGUGUGAUAUCACAUGUCAUACCAAGUGCCAGCACUUUGUGCCUGAUUUCUGUGGUCUAUCAAUGGAAAUGGCCAACCAAAUGCUUGCCGAGAUCAAGGCUGCCAAGCGUAAGACAUUAGAAACAGGUCCUUCGACUUCCUCUGCAAGCAAACCUACACCACCACGACCUGAUGACCAAGGCUCUUUGCCUGAAUUAUCUACCGGUGGAUCACCUUCGACACCUACGGAAUCCAUUUCUACUCAGCUAUCCCAAUUGUCAUUGCAACAGCAACAGCAACAGACAUCUCCACAACAACAACCACAGCCACCCAUGCAUCAACAAAUGCCUCCUCAGCAAAUGCCUCCUCAGCAUAUGCAGCAGCAGCCUCGUCCUCCUGUGCAACAACAGCAACCUGGUAUGAGCCCAGGUCGAAUGAACAUGCCACAACCACCACCUCCUCAUAUGGUACCUGUUCCUGGUCCUGGUCAGCCUUAUCAACCUUACCCUGCUGAUCCCAGAUAUCAACAACCUCCUCCUCAGCAGCAACCUUACCCUCCAUCCAAUGUACGCCCUGUGAUGCAACAGCAAACACCAUCGCCUUAUGCACCGAUACCCAACCCUGCUAUGAUGGGUCGUCCUCCAUAUAACCAACCCAUGCAGCAACAACAACAACCUUAUCCUCCAUCCAUGGAUAUGGCUCCUAGACCUCCACCAAAACAAGCCGUUGGCAAAGCCGUUGGUCUUGAUGAUUUCAACUUUUUGGCAGUGCUUGGUAAGGGUAACUUUGGCAAGGUCAUGCUUGCAGAGGAAAAGCACGAUAGAAAUUUGUAUGCUGUCAAGGUGCUGAAGAAGCGCUUUAUCAUGGACAAUGAUGAAAUUGAAAGUGUGCGCUCCGAAAAACGUAUCUUCCAAGCUGCUAAUCGUGAACGUCAUCCUUUCCUUAUUGGCUUGCACUCUUGUUUCCAAACCGAGUCUCGUGUCUACUUUGUCAUGGAAUACGUUAGUGGUGGUGAUUUGAUGUGGCAUAUUCAACGUGAACCCUUCUCUGAACGACGUGCCAAAUUCUAUGCGUGUGAAGUGUUGUUGGCUCUCGAAUACUUCCACAGCCAAGGCAUCAUCUAUCGUGAUUUAAAGUUGGACAACAUUUUGCUUGGCCUUGAUGGUCAUAUCAAGAUUGCUGAUUAUGGUCUGUGCAAGGAGAACAUGUGGUUUGGUUGCACGACGGGCACGUUCUGUGGUACACCUGAAUUCAUGGCACCUGAGAUUUUGUUGGAGCAAAAGUAUGGACGUGCUGUCGAUUGGUGGGCAUUUGGUGUCUUGAUCUAUGAAAUGUUGCUUGGUCAGUCUCCUUUCCGUGGUGAAGAUGAAGAUGAAAUUUUCGAUGCCAUUUUGGAAGAUGAAAUCCUUUACCCCAUCAACAUGUCUCGGGAUUCAGUAUCUAUUUGCCAACGUUUGUUGACCCGUGAUCCUGCAAGACGUCUUGGUGCUGGAAAGAACGAUGCUGUAGAGAUUAAAGAACAUCCAUUCUUCCGUGGUGUCAACUGGGAUGAUAUGGUUGCUAAGCGUGUACCACCUCCAUUCUACCCUACCAUUACUGGUCGCUUGGAUACAUCCAACUUUGACGAAGAAUUUACGCGUGAACGACCUGCAUUGACACCCAUCAACUCCAACCUAACACGUGUCGAGCAACAAGAGUUUGAAACCUUCCCUUAUAUUGCCGAUUGGGUACUGCAAGGCAACACCAACAAGCAGCCCGGAUGGUAA